AUAUAACAUAUUGUCUAACAAUAUUUCUGUACAUUGGUCAGUAAAUUUAAUUAGUAAAUCAUCAAAAUGAACUUACAAGCUGUGUCAAUUUUUUUACUUACAAUAGCCACUGCUGUGACAUCAAAAAACCUAAAUUUCAUACUGAAUAACACACCGACAAUUGAAAAAAACCUACUGACUAUCGAAGAAGCUCCUUGGCAAGUCAGUAUUCAAACCCACGGUGUCCAUUUCUGCAGCGGAGCAAUACUAAAUGAAGAAUGGAUCAUUACAUCAGCACAAUGUAUCAUCGACAAUCUAGUUUCUACAUCAGUAAAAAUACACGCGGGCAGUUCAAAUCGUUAUUACAAUGGAUCUACUCACUCAAUAGUCAAACAAAUAAAACACGGAUCCUUUAAAUUUAAUGAAUGUAAAAUUCCAAUUUAUGAUAUCGGGUUAAUAAAAUUACAAGAUAAAUUAAUUUUAGACGAAACUCGUCAGCCGAUUAAAUUGAGCCGCGGUAAUUUAAUACCAGAUAAUAAACGGGUUGAUGUAACGGCUUGGAAUGAUUAUUUUAACGAUGACAGAUUUUCAGUUUACAUUGAGAAAAAUUAUUGGGACAUCAUUCCUGAAACUGAAUGUGGAAGUUAUUAUUAUUUUCUGAAUAGAAUUCCUCCUGGUGUCAUGUGUGGGGUUAAUGCUAAUAAUCUUAUAAAUAAUCCUUGCACUGUUAAUGAGGUUGGUUACCCCAUGGUCGUUAAUGGGUACUUAGUUGGUAUUAAAUCAUGGAAACCAGAUUGUUACAUUUUCCCUGAGGCGCCGGCUCUUUUUACAAAUAUUACUUCUCAUUUAGAUUGGAUUAAAAGUAACACUGGAAUAAAACCAAUGGAAAAUAAAUUACUGCCAAAGCAAACUGAAGAUAACUACUAUCAGGUCAUAAGAUUUUGACCCUAAAUUUGAAACAUGAAUAACUUGCGUUUAAAAAAUCGCUUUAGAAUGUGACAUAUAAGUAUAGUUCAAUAAAUUGAAGUCUCCCUGAUUUAAAAAAUUGAUUUACUCAAUGCCCCAUAUGAAAAUAUAUGAGUAUUUUUGGAACUUAAUCGAUUAAUUGUUGUAUGAAAUUGUAAUAAAAUUUUCCUGAAAGUUA